CUCUCUCUCUCUGAGUUUCAUUUCUUGUCUUUAUCUUGUGAAAUGAUGUGAGAUUAGAUUCUCGCUCUCUAGUACUCACUUAUGGUUUUCUGAGUUCUUGAAUAAAGGGAAAGAACACGCACACACACAAAAGGUCACUCAUGGAGAGGAAGAGUAGUUUGAGCAACAGCUUGAAGGACCACUGCACCAGAGACUCCUCCGCCACCACCCACCACCACCACCACAACCACCACCAGAGGCUGAAUAUGAUAAAGGUGGGUUCUUCUUUGAUCAGCCACUACCCGAGCCACACUGAAGAUUACCUGAGCGGACUCUCUUGGCCUCCGAGGUCUUACUCAUGCAGCUUCUGCAAGAGGGAGUUCGGCUCGGCCCAAGCCCUUGGCGGCCAUAUGAAUGUCCACCGCCUGGACCGCGCGAGGCUGCGGCAGUCGACCCCUCCUCCGCUGCCAGCCAAGGCCGAGAAGGCUGAUUGUAGCGGCGGCCAGGACCCGCUUCUCGGCCUCAACCUCAACCAUAACCCUAAACCUAACUCCAACAACCCUAACCCUAAUUUCUCCUCUUCCCCUUUGUCCUCGCCUCCCCAUUUUGCUCGAGCAUUGCCAACCUCGAUUCGUCCUUCUCCUCCUGCCUUUACUUCAACGCUGCCGUCGAUGAAUUUCCCUCCAGCCAGUGAAAUGGGACGGGCUCGCAAGUGUCUUGCCACUAGGGCUGGCGAAGCGGAUUGCGGUUGGACUACUCAAGGAUAUGCCAAGGAUACUAAGAUUGUUAGGCUAGGAAUGCAGGUGGAUCUUCUCAACAACUUUAAAGAAGACGAGGUCGAUUUGGAACUUCGCUUGGGGUACUCCAGUUAAGUGAGGCUUUUAAUACUUGCCAUCCUUAAGAUUUUCAAUCGUUAUAUGUUAGCUUUCAGAUCUCUGUGAGCAGAGUAUUAUGAUUAAGAGCUUAUCUUAGAUUACUAGUAGCCCAGAUCUAAGUUCACAUAUUGCUAUAUGUGUAUGUAUAUAGCAAAUGUCCUAACUCAUCCAUUGUACUCGAUCAACCGUUUCUAAAUGUGCUUCCUUCUUGAUCUGACUUGUUAGACCUAAUUGCUUUAAUUUCAACUUCAUUGUUCUUU